AUGGCGGCCACCACCUCCCUCAGCAGCGCGGGCGCGUGGCCGCUUCGUCGCUAUGGCCGCUUCGUGAACCCGGGCCCGCCCCACGGCCACGGUGCCACCGCCACCGCGGCCCCGGGCGCCUGGACGGUUUUGGAGUCAAAUGAAGAAUCAGGGCAUCUUAUUCUCACCAUUAUUGUAUCUGGCCAUUUCUUCAUUUCCCAAGGACGGACAGUUAUGGAAGGUUUUUCAUUAAUCAGUGCCCAUACAUGGUUGAAGAUAGUAAGAAGAACAGAUUGCCUGUUGUUCGGCUCAAGGUCCAAGAAUGAAUGCCGCAUGUUUCGUGUUCAGUUUGAUGGAGAUUCAAAAGAGCAGGCAGUGGAGCACUGCUGUAAUUGUGUGCAGAAACUUGCAGAGUAUGUCACAGUUCAGGUAACAGAUGAGCAAAGCCAGGAGCUGCAAGGUCAAAGUCAGUUGCUCGACAGUGAAAGUCAAGUGCAACAAAAUGCAUCUAUACCUCCUGGACCAAGUUGGACGCUAGAGGAACCUCCACUUCAGUUGUACACAAACAUCCCAGAAGCAAGAUCUGUGGUACAGCUAGCACAGUCUGUACUGAACUCAAAAUCUGAGCUCCCUCAUAUGUAUCAGCAUUGUGUGUGGAGCGCCAAAGACUUGGGACCUUUUAUUCGCUUAUGUCUCAUGGAUCAGAAUUUCCCUGCCUUUGUGGAAGAAGUGGAGAAGGAACUGAAAAAACUGACAGAAGGAUGAGAAAUGUUAAUGUUACUUAGUAAACACAAAAAAGUCAGUGUUUGGAUACUUGAUAAAUUGCUUCAAACGUGUUUUUGUCAGUGUUUUAUUCUUAAAAACAGGUGAAUUCACUUUUUGUACAUCAUUGCACUUCAACAAAUACACAGAACACAAGUUCAUGCAUCUACAGUUAUGCACGACAUCAGGACCCUGGUAGGUCUGUAAUUCUACAGUCAGUCCUUAAAUCAACAUGAGAAAUUACAGUGUCAAACUGAAGAGUAUAACUAGUUGCAUAGAAUAUCACCAUGCUGUAACGUUUCAACAUCAUUUAAAACAAAACAAAAAAAGUAAAUUAUAAAAGUUUGCCUGAAUUGAAUGUACAAGAAUAUGUUGAACACAUCAGUGCAAAAGGAUUUGAGAAUUUACAUGAUUAACAAAAAAAUCACUUAAAAAGCAAUCAUAUAUAUAUAUAUAUAUUUAUAAACUGAAGUAUCUUUACUGCAGUUCACCACCACUUGUUGGACUGUUCCAGCUUUUAAAGUCUUUGAUUAUCAGGACCCCCAAGUCUUUUCACAUAGGUUAAGCCCUUAAGAUAAUUUUGAUUUAUAUUAUUCCUCUACAAGUACCAGAACAGCAUAAUUAUUUCAUCUCUCAGACAUAUAAUAUACGGAAUGAAUAUCAGCAGCUUAAAAAUGAAACACAUUUACUGUACUUUGGUUUUCCCCCCUCCCCCCAAAAAUAUAAAUAUAUACUGUAUAUAUUUUUAGGUUUUGCUGUACUUUACAAAAAGUUACCACUAGAUGGCAGCAGUGCAUUUAGAGCUUUGCCAAUUUAACAGCUAGAGUAAGUAAAAAAUGGUGCAUGCAUGAUCUGACUCUUACUUCUAGUGUUUAAAUAUCUUAAGGGGG